CGCGACUUAGGGGUGAGGGCGGCCCAGAACAGCGGCAAAGGCGCCCCCAGUGCUCCGCCGGAAGGAGUGGAGGCCAACGUGCGGUCGGAGCCGCAGCCAGAGUCUGGGCCAAAAGGCGAAGCGCCGCGGGCUCGACAGCCAGCCUUCCGCAUCUCGCAGCGCGAUUCCGCCCGGACGUCGGCGCUAAGCAGCCCACUGUGCAGAAUGCCCCACAAGAUUGGAUUUGUAGUGGUCAGCUCUUCUGGACAUGAAGAUGGCUUCAGUGCCCGGGAAUUAAUGAUCCACGCACCAACUGUCAGUGGAUGGAGGUCACCAAGAUUCUGCCAGUUUCCACAAGAAAUUGUUCUCCAGAUGGUCGAGAGGUGUCGAAUAAGAAAACUCCAGUUACUUGCUCAUCAGUAUAUGAUCUCCAGUAAGAUCGAAUUCUACAUUAGUGAAAGCUUGCCAGACUACUUUGUGCCAUAUCAAGCAGAACGGUUCCGCAGACUUGGCUAUGUCUCUCUCUCUGAUAAUGAGAAGACAGGCUGCAAAGCUCGGGAACUCAAGUCAGUCUAUGUGGAUGCAGUUGGGCAGUUUCUUAAGCUGAUUUUUCACCAAAAUCAUGCCAACAAAUACAACAUCUAUAAUCAGGUUGCUUUGGUUGCAAUAAAUAUCAUUGGAGACCCUGCAGAUUUCGGUGAUGAAAGCAAUAUUACCUCUAGAGAGAAGCUGAUUGACCAUUACCUUGGGCACAGUCCUCACAAUCCUGAGGACCCAGCCUUAGAAGGAACUUAUGCAGGGAGGUCUGACUACAUCUCUCCACUUGAUGACUUAGCUUUUGACAUGUACCAAGACCCUGAGGUUGCACAGAUCAUUCGCAGACUGGAUGAAAAGAAACGAGAAGCUGUCCAGAAGGAGCGCUACGACCACGCCAAGAAGCUGAAGCAAGCUAUUGCUGACCUACAAAAGGUUGGUGAGCGCCUGGGGCGCUAUGAAGUGGAGAAGCGCUGCGCAGUGGAGAAGGAGGACUAUGACCUGGCCAAGGAGAAGAAGCAGCAGAUGGCUCACUACCGCGCCCAGGUGUACGAGCAGCUGGAGCUGCACGGCCUCCUACAGGGGGAGCCAGAGAUGCGAAGGCCUCUUGCUUUGCCCCUGCAGCCCCUUGCACACCCUGGAAGUCCUCAUCACUGGAAGCCAGUUUCCUCAUUGCCAAGACCAGAAGGGCCAGUAGCAGAAGAACAGUUUGCAAACCCUGUACUCCAGGAAAAACACUCCGUGUAUCCCCUGAUGUCUUCUCCUGGGCACUGUGCUGCAGACCAGUCACUGCCUACCACAGGCCGUGCACCAAAGAAUCACGCAGAGGUACUGCCUUAUGAUGAACGGCCACUUCCUGCCACUCGCAAGCAGCAUGGGGAAGCAUCGAUGGAGCCUGAAGUGAGGGAGGGUGACGUCAGUGAUGCUCCAAGAGGAGGAGUCUCAGGGGAGCCAGAGCCCUUGACAGAGAAGGCCUUGAGGGAAGCAAGCUCUGCUAUCGAAGUCUUAGGAGAAACCUUGGUUGCUGGUGCCUAUUCCAAGACAUGGUCCUACCGAGAAGACGCACUGCUGGCUUUAUAUAAAAAGUUGAUGGAGAUGCCUGUUGAAACUCCAAAGGAAGAUUUAAAAAACAUACUAAGAGCAGCUGUCUUUCUCAUCAGAAGAGCAAUAAAAGACAUUGUGACCUCGGUCUUUCAGGCUUCGUUGAAAUUGUUGAAGAUGAUAAUUACACAAUAUAUUCCCAAGCAUAAACUGAGUAAACUUGAAACAACACACUGUGUGGAAAGAGCUGUUCCUGCUUUACUUGCCAGAACUGGAGAUUCUUCCGCCCGCCUCCGUGUCAUGGCUUUGAAUUUUAUUCAGGAGAUGGCCUUGUUCAAGGAGGUGCGGUCUCUGCAGAUCAUUCCGUCUUACCUGGUGCAGCCACUGAAAACCAACGCUUCCACCCAUCUGGCAAUGAGCCAGGUGGAUCUGCUGGCACGGCUGCUAAGAGACCUGGGCACUGGCAGCUCUGGCUUCACAGUGGAUAGCGUGAUGAAGUUUGCAGUGGGCGCCCUGGAGCAUAGAGUGUAUGAGGUUCGGGAGAUGGCAGUCAGAGUCAUACUGGACAUGUACAAGCAGCACCCAGCCCUCACCUUGGAGCACCUUCCUCCAGAUGACAGCAGCACUCGCAGAAAUCUCCUCUACAAAACCAUCUUUGAGGGAUUUGCUAAGAUCGAUGGCAGGCCUACAGAUGCUGAAAUCAGGGCACAGAAAAGGGCAGCCACAAAAGAAGCAGAAAAACAGAAGAAAGAAGAAAUCAAAGCUUUGCAGGGACAGCUGACUGCCCUGAAAGAAAUCCAGGCUGAAGUCCAGGAAAAGGAGAGUGAUGCUGUAAGGCCCAAGAAUCAAGAACCUCAAGGGAGAAAAGCAGCCCCCCCUGAUGUACCAGAAAUUCCAGAUAACCACUACUUGGAUUAUCUCUGCAUUUUCUGUGGGGAGAGGAAUGAGUCCUUCACAGAGGAGGGCCUGGACCUUCACUACUGGAAGCACUGCCUCAUGCUGACAAGAUGCGACCACUGCAGGCAGGUGGUCGAGAUAUCCAGCCUGACUGAGCACCUGCUGACAGAGUGUGACAAAAUGGACGAGUUUGGGAAGUGCCUCCGCUGCAGUGAGGCUAUACCUAAGGCAGAGCUGCCCAGACAUGUCAAGACCAAGGAGUGCAGCCCUGCCAAAUCAGAGAAGCUAGCAAACCGAUGUCCUUUGUGCCAUGAGAACUUUGCUCCUGGAGAAGAGGCAUGGAAGGCUCACCUGAUGGGCUCUGAUGGCUGCACAAUGAACUUGCGCAAGACACACGUUCUGCACAAGGCUGUGGCACCACAGCAAGGUAAAGGCCCAGUAGCAGCCAAGUUGGGAAACUCAGGAUCCAGGAUGGGAAGCAAGAUCCCCACCCCAAAGGGAGGCCUAAGUAAGAGCUCCAGCAGGACAUACACGAGACGGUGACAGACAUGUUCACUGCAUCUGCCUGUCUCUGCCAGGGGCUACACAGGUUUCCUCAUUCCACGUCAUGUCUUGUGAACGUGAUGACGCAGGGCUCUGUCCUGCUGCUCUGCUGUGUCUGCUCUCACUUGAACCAAGCGUGGAUCUGACCAAAGAACCAAGAGCCGGGACCUCAUGGUCUGAGGGCUCCAGCUUCCUCAGACCUUGGAAGAGCCUAAACAUAGGAGUCACAGAUCACCUAGGAAGCUGGUAGCAUGGUGCCUGCUCUCUUUACUGCUCAGAAAGCUUUCCUGGUGUCCACCCCAAAAGGCAGACUUCACAAGGGUUCAGGCUCAGCUGCAGUGUCCUUGAACGGUGGUGGCAAGCACUGUGCUGCACUUGCAGUGCCUUCUCUCCCACGGGCCACCACACCCUUAACCCCAGGGAGGCAGGGUUCAUGGCUGCACAACUCACAUUUCUACCACAACAAGAAAUAAAGGAAAGAGGUGCCUAGCAAUGCUAAAGACAGCUAGCUUUCUGAAAAUGAGUCUGCUCCAGUUCUCUUCAUGCUCCAUCUCCUGUGCAGGCCUGGCCCUGUGACCCCAGCUACAGGGAAGCUCCAUGCCUGGGUAUCUGUCAUGUCUUACCCCAAGUUUCAGAUUCUCUACUGGCAAAGUCAUGAAGAGGAUUCUGGAUGAUGCCCCUGGUCCUGUGCUCACCUACCACAGCAUACCUGCAAGCAUCUCUGACCAACACAGACAUGUUCUGCAUCCCUCAGUGGCCCAGGUUCCUCAGGGCCAGACCUAUCCGAUCUUGUGAACUGGAUCUACAUUCCCAAGCAGUUCACAGUAUAUCAAGAAGACAACGGUGUGCAAAACAGUGAUACAGACCUCAGGAAACAGUCUGUCAGCAGACCCUGCCCACCCAUCAUCCCAGGCAGGAGGUCACACUUCCUUCCCAGGAAUUGCAGUUGGAUGUGCUCAUGUGCAAGCAGCCAUGGGAAAGUUAGGGUCCAUCUGAAACCCUCCUGGCUGCCUGGCAUGUCCUCGUUCUCCAGCUGCUCCCCACAAAGCCAGCACUGGACUUCCUUCCUGAAGGAGAGCUUUUCAAAUGCUACUUUCCAAUGGUUGGGACUGAAGAAAUGAAUAGUGUGCAGUUAGGGCAUAAUUCUACUUAAAUCCACAACCAUGUGAACUAAAAUCCACAAGAAGUAAUUAAAGCUUACUUGGGCAGGGAACACUAGUAGUGACCAUGAGCUUACCUGCUUGGGACAAACAUGUACCUCUUGGUGUGCUUGCCUCAGAGUUUCACAUAGGGCAAGACCUGUCAAAAUUAUCUGCUAAAACCUUUACUGUGGGGAGAACAUGAAACUGUUAUUAGACAAUGCAAAGUGCAGGUGCCAAGGUAUUUACAGAAUGGUCCUUAUCACUUCAAAGCUGUUGGCUACUUUCUAACCCAUUUUAAAGUACAGAUAAAAGAAUGCUUAAACCAAUAAUGAAAAGCUAACCAAGGAAUUAACUAAUCAAAAUUUAAGAAAUAGAUGCAUACAAUAUUUUCUGUCUGUUAUAACUUGAAGAUUAUAAAAGUCCUUCAGUUUAGCCUGGUGUAGUGACUGAUUACUGAAAUGUCAGCACAUGGGAGGCUGAGACAGGAGAUUCACCACAAGUUCAAGGCAACCUGGGCUAUAGAUAUAUAAAGACCCUGGCUCAAAAGAGAAAACUCUAGCUUUCACUCCAAUUUUGCCUGUUCCAGAGAAUCAUGUUUCUGCUGUGGGGACUCUGGCAGUGAUUGGUGGCCAGUGAGCAUCACACCAUUGUGCAGGAGGAAAGGACAGAAACUGAGAUCUCUUAGCCAUUCACAAGUAAUUACCUAAACUUGGAACAUUAAACUAGUCAUUGAAAUUUCAUUUAUGGCUGUAUUGUGAAUAUUUAAUAUUUAUUUAUAUUAUUUUCAUAUAAGGUUAAUUUAAAAGAUUGUAUCAAAUUUGACAAUACCAAUGUAAGUACUUUUAAGGAAAAUUUGCAACUUUUUAAUGUUUUAACAUAGUUUUCUAUUUGUCUCAUUUCAGGUACCAGAAUUAUAAGUAAUAUAUUUUUAU